GCAGCGCCUGCAGCAGAAGAAGAAGCCCCUGCAGCAGAAGAAGAAGCCCCUGCAGCAGAAGAGGAAGCCCCUGCUGCUGAAGAAGCUCCAGCUGCUGAGGAAGGAGCCCCAGCUGCUGAGGAAGAGGCUCCAGCUGCUGAGGAAGAAGCUGCACCAGCUGAAGAGGCUGCUCAACCUGAGGAAGAAGCUCCAGCUGCAGAAGAAGAGGCCCCUGCAGCUGAAGAAGAAGCUGCACCAGCUGAAGAUACCCCUGCUGCUGAAGGAGAAGCUGCCCCUGAAAAGGAAGCUGGUGAGGAAGCCCCUGCUGCGGAGGCCGAACCCUGAGUGUGAAGUGGAUAACGGAAAACGUUUGCUGCCAGCUUACAAGCUCUAAAUUUCGUCCUGAGACACUGCUGAAGAAAACCAGUUUUUUAUGUUCUUGCCCUUCCAGGAAAUCCCGAGCUUUUUUUUUGAGUGAUUCAUCACUGCUUAGAUUUCCUGUUCGUAGACUUCUUUGCCGCACCUUCUAGACCGAAUUUUCACGCCCUUCACCGUCCUGGGAACGAAAGGAGCUAUAGUGUGAAUGUGCGGGGAUGUGAAGAAUGGAUUUGAGUUCCCGUUGGUUUCGUUAUUUUAAAUGCGCGAAGGUUUCGCUUCCUUUCUUCGCCAUUGCGGAUUGUUCGCGGGUGCGGUUGGCGCUAAUUUCUUGCGGGAUAUUUAAGGCAUCCCCCGCGAACUUUUUUUCCAGCUCGAGUAUUUGAUCAAAUCCGGUGAAAUUUCCGCGUCUUGAUAUCAAAAGGAAAAGCUUAAUGCUUAACCGGAAUUUCGUCCUACUCUCGGCUUUCUUCGUGAUGAAAAGUGGGAAUUUAGCGAAGAAUACGUGGAAAAACGGUGUGGAUUAGCUUUGCGACGCUCGUGAAUCGUUUCAUGGAUGUGCUUCGUCGUUGCGUCCGGAAUAAUUGGCACGGAAUGCAGAAAUACACGCCUUGCUUGGUUUCCCUCUUUUUACUAGAA